GGAGCGAUGAAUUUAAUUCUACAACACGCUGCUAGAUCGGAAAAAAUACUGUCUAAAUCAUUUCCGUUAUUAUUUAUAUGAUCGGAUAAUAACACGCAUAUGUCAAAUCAAAUUAAUUAAAGGUCAUCGGAUCAAUCUGAAAAUCUCAGGACGAAAACAUAGUCAAGUUCGGAAAUUAAGGAGUUCAUUAAAUAAUAUGUACAUAUUAAUACGCAAAAAUGUAAAGUAGCUCGCACCAGGAGGUUUAUAAAAAAAAUAAUAUAAACAGAUGGAACAUAUUAGUUAAGAAAAAAAAAAAACAACCAAAUAAUCUAUAUAAAUAUAUACAUAUAUAAAACGUCUUAGGUAAACAAUAACUACACAUUCAAGAAAUAUAAAAAACAAGUAAAAUUUGUAUGGUAAUAUCAUGCCAAUCGUUAACAUUAUAAAAAAGGCAUCCAGCCUUAUCUUAGGUGAUGACAAAUUUGAUGAAAAAAUCGAUAUCGUGUAUGAAGACAACGAAAUAUUGUUUUGCAAAAACAAUGUUUGCAUACAUCCACCUACAGUGGCACGACAAGAAUCCGAUAUACUGCACUACCCGGGUUAUUUAACUGUGACUACGAAAACUUUUGUAGAUCAGUAUAAUAAUGCCAAAAGGCCAACGUUAUUACUUACUUGGAUACCAAAUUCAUCACUAUGUAAAUGUUCGUCAAGUGAUGAGAAUUGUACACUAUUUUACACAGGGGCACUGCCUUUGUCGGCACAUUCCUCGUCGAAAGAUUUCAAACUGCCGGAAGCAGUGCAUGGCUUAACUUGUAAUGGUAGGCCUAAAGAAGAUGGCUGUGGUCUGAAGUUGACAGAAAAGGACAAUAUUAUUGAUUCAAAUAAGGAAGAUGAAAAUGCAGCCGAUAUGCAGGAAUUAAAAAAUGAAUUGCAACCCUUGCUGGGUGGUGAUACAGCAUCAAUUGAUGAUUUAGAGGCUUUGCUAAAAAAGAAUCUUAUAACAUCGGUGAAUAUUACUAUUUCAAAUCCACAAAUCGAAAACACUAAUAUACCUCAAUCUUAUAAUUGUAUUGUGGUAACUGAUCGAGAUAAAAUGCAAAUAAAUUCUGAUGGUUCUGUAUCGGAUGAUAAUAAUCCAAAUUGGAUGACGCCAGAACUAUUAGCUUUCAAACACAAUCUUGCAUUUCCAGACAGUGCUACUGCUACACCUACAAUCAGACGCAAAGCUGUAAUGAAAUGUCGCCGUUUUUCAGUAGAUCUCAGUCAAAUGCGUUCACUACGUCUUUUCUUUAAUGAUGACUAUUGUACAUCAGGCCAGUUAGUUAUUGCUUCGCGCGAAUCUCAAUAUAAAAUAUUACAUUUUCAUUAUGGAGGUCUAGAUCAUUUAGCUCAAGUAUUACAUCAAUGGCAUUGUUUUCUGCACAAUAUAACACUUGCACCCGGACAAGAGAAACAAAAUUUGCCCUAUCGUCAAUUUAUGGUGUGCCGUCCUGAAGUUAAAAAGACUGAACUGCAUCCAGACGAAGGCAAUGUUAAAAAAAUUACGACGAACUUCUUCUACGGCACCCUAUUAAAUGAAAAAGGACAAAUCGAUGACGACUUAUUAUUACGUAAAUGUGUAUUCUUUGGUGGACUUGAGAAAAGUUUACGAAAAACUGUAUGGCCUUUUUUGUUAAAGUGUUAUUCGUUUUCCUCGACGUUUGAGGAUCGCGCUGUUUUAGUGGAUAUUAAACGACAAGAAUAUGAAGAAAUAACGCGCAGACGUUUGUAUUCGAUGUCGCCAGAAGAACAAAUACACUUUUGGAAAACAGUACAAAAUGUAGUAGAAAAGGAUGUUGUUCGAACGGAUCGUUCAAAUCCAUUUUUUUGUGGUGAUGAUAAUCCAAAUACAGAAAUAAUGAAAAAUAUUUUAUUAAAUUAUGCUUUUUAUAAUACGGGAAUAUCUUAUUCACAAGGCAUGAGUGAUUUAUUGGCGCCUGUACUUUGCGAGGUACAAAAUGAAUCUGAAACAUUUUGGUGUUUUGUGGGCCUUAUGCAACGCGCUUUUUUUGUAUGCACACCAACUGACAAUGAUAUCGAUCGCAAUCUUAGAUAUUUGCGAGAGCUUAUACGUAUUAUGUUACCUCGGUUUUAUGAACACUUAAAGAAACAUAACGAUGCUAUGGAACUUUUAUUUUGUCAUCGUUGGCUGCUCUUAUGUUUUAAGCGUGAAUUCACGGAAGCUGUUGUUAUACGCAUGUGGGAAGCUUGUUGGACCAACUAUUUAACUGAUUACUUUCAUCUUUUUCUAUGUUUGGCUAUAAUUGCUGUUUAUGCAGAUGACGUUGUUGCGCAAAAUUUACGUGCUGAUGAAAUGUUGCUGCAUUUUAGCUCAUUAGCAAUGUAUAUGGACGGGCAGCUAAUUCUACGUAAGGCACGUGGACUUUUGUAUCAAUAUAGACAAUUAUCAAAAAUACCAUGCACUCUCAGUGGUUUAUGCAAACGUUGUGGACCGGGCAUGUGGGAUUCGGAGCACCGUCCAGCACUGGAAUGUGUUGGACAUACUGAUGAUGAGAAAUGUAUUUUAUCUAUAGAUUAAUGCAGCAAACUUUUUAUGAAUUGUAGAAUAUAUUUAUUUCUUAUUAUAUACCCUGAAAACAACUUGCUUA